AUGGUUAUUGGCAUGCGGAGUGCUCAACUGCCACCGCACCUCGCUCUCUGCCACAGUCCUUGUCGACACUGGAUUGUCUCCGCUGGGGGUGGCAGCGAGAGCUACCAGUGCUUUUUCCAAUACAAGGAACACGCAUGUGAGCGUCACGUUUUCCCAGCUUUGACACCGCUCCCCCCCCACUCUGUAGCGAGGUUCCGCCUCGAUCAUCUGCUCCCCGAAGACUGGAGUGCGUUGCUGCGGCACUGCCGCCGUCUGACCUCGCCGCACGGCAGCUUCACCUACUCCUUCCCGGGGGACACGGCCGUCGCCACCACCGCAGGCGAUGCCGCUUCGGCGGUGGUGACGAAUGUGGCGUUUAUGCACAUUGUUGAGCGGACAGCUGGCGACUUUGUACCAAACAACAUGAUUUACCACGAGCUGCAGCGGCGGUACUUGGUGUUGCCGUGUUAUACUGCAGAAACUGGCACAGGCGCGGUGGAUUUUACCUCCUGGUUGCGCUGCUUGCAACAAGGGGAGGCAAACAUGGAAACGGAGUGUGCGGCAGACGAAGGUGCAGGGGGAUCCACUGAUACGCACUGCGCUUGCCAUAGAAAAGACAGCACAAAAUAUGCAGUUAUUUCCUGCCGAUGCUUUUUCUUAUUCUUCUGCUUCUGCCGUUGCUCCUGA